UCAGGGACUACAGGGAAUUCAGCUGCCUGUUGCACACGGGGCAAGGCUGAGCAAACUUAGGCAGGUAAAGCAGCUGGCACGUGUUCUCAGUGUGGCGAUGAGGAAUGAGGAAGCUAAACGUAAACUUUUCACUGCAACCAAAGCAGAAUCAUCAUUAUGAAACUGGCUGUAAGGUUCUUUUUUGUUUUGGUUUCUUUAUUUCUUUUCUUUUUUCUUUUUUUUUUUUUCCCGUUUUGCAGACCUUUCCCAUGCUUUGAGGCAUGGAGUCAUUCUUACUUUACGUUUCGGAGGGCUGGACUUUGCUGGAGCUUUCUAACCGCAGAGAUGAUGCAGAAGCGCAUGAGAUGAUCCUGGUGCUAGCUGCAUGUUCAAGUCCUAAUGCCUCUUUCCUAACUUGUUGAUGUGCAAGGACUUGGUGGUGGCAGCUUUUGCAUUUUCUUCUGAUAUCAGCAAGCGGUUUAUCUCCAGUUAUUUAGCUUAUUUUGUCCAUAGAGAGUAAGGAGCAUACAGCAGAAGGCCUAAGGUAAACUGGCAUCUGAUGGGUUUAUCCUCUUCCACGUUUCCGGCCCCAUGGCAGAUCCAGAGUGGCUAAUGUCCCUUUGGAAGCUGCGUUAUCUGCAGGUCUGUAAACCUGGUGUAAUUCCUCAGGCUGAACAAGAUUGUCUUGUGACCUGUACUUGAGACCUGUGUGCUCCUGAGUUCCCCCUUCAUCUGGGCAAAGUGGAAACUGGCACUUUUCCAGGCUGAAAAGUGCUUCAUGCCUUGUCUGUGUAGGGACCUCAGCAUCAGAGUUCACAGCCUUGUUGCCUAAGCACAUGUAUCUGUUCUGAUAGUACCUCAACAUAGAGUGACUUCCUCAGAGAUACCAGAUAGCUAAACACAGCUCUUAUAAAAGACUUUUUAGAAACAAUGGCUGAUCGCUUCCUAUAGCAUGAGAAAAGUAACAAAAUAGUAAAUGCUUUCAAAUUUUGAAAUACUUCACAAAAUUCUUCCAUCCAGUUGCUUUAUCUUUCCAGUUUAGCCAUUUGCUUCUACUGAAUUUCAGUCCUUGAGUGUGUUUUUUUUCAGCCUGAUAAGGCUGACAAGAGCUAAUUACUCUUGCUCUGCCGGCAGCUUGCUGGAGUUAACCUGAUGGUUCUUGGUGCCUGCCGUCUCCUGGAACUGGGAUGCCUUCCUAUGAAUGGAGGGCAGUCAGAGUUAGCACUCUACAUUGGUACUGCUUUGCCUGUGUCCUUAUUUGAGCCACGGUUAAGGUAAAAAGACAGUACUGAGGAUCAUGACUAUCACACGUAUUGUAUUGUGAACAUUGUAUUAAAAAUAUGUUUUUUAAAAAGCAAACAAGUGCAUAAGUAUACAUAGAAAGAUCUCCCAGGUCACUAUACUGUUUUGUUCUUUUUUUUUUUCUCCUAACAUCUGUGCUGACAUUCUCUAAGUAUUUGUUCUUCUUUCAGUCUUGGAUAUGGCCCAGAGAUUUGUGAAGCAUAUUAUUCCAGUCAUCUUUUAGCUGAUGUGGCAAACCUUUAAGAUUUAUCCCAAGGAAUAUUUACUUCUAGAUCAAUGAAGCAGAGAUAGCCAAAGUGGCAGUUACAACUUGUGUAUCUUGGAGUUUAAGCAAGCUGAAUCUUCCAGAGUUGCUUCCAGCUUUGGAGUCUAAUUUCACAGGGUUUUUCCUCUGGCAAAAUGGGAUGUUUCAAUGGACACUCUUUAAGAUCAAUGAGAAAAAACAUGCCGCCCUGUUCAGACUCUAGCUUUGACAAAAGCAUGGAAAUAUUAAGUGAAAACGUCAAUCGAAGACACUUUACAAGGCAGUUGGCAAAGCCGAAAUCAGACCCAAAAAAAGAAGAAUAUAAAGAAGUCAACAGGACACUGAAGACUAGAGCUGAUGCAAAAGCUGCAGAACAAGUCCAUGAAGAAAAUGGGGAUUUGGAGGUCCGCCGAAGCUGCAGGCUUCGACAAAGCCAUUACACCACUACAAAUCAAUCUGUUUUAUUUGACAAACUUAUAACAAAUACUGCAGAAGCAGUCUUGCAAAAAAUGGAUGACAUGGAGAAGAUGCGUAGACGGCGAAUGAUGGAAGACCUUGGGGUGUUCCACGAUGAGAACCUCGAUAUGUAUGCACAAGGAAAGAAAGAAAUCCAAAGAGCUGACAAAGAAAUAGCUGAUAAUCAAGGUGGCAUUGUAGUAGUUUCAUCAGAAGAAAGUGAAGAGAAAGAUGAUGAUGAUGGUGAAGACACUCGAAAGCGUUAUGACUUUCGACAGAGGAAAACCGUUGAGCGCUAUCAAGCUCCAUUGGAAAAACCAAGACAACGUAAGAUAUAUUUUUCGGGCCGGUCUUCACCUGUCAGACAGAGAUACUCAUUUAGAAGUGCUCAGUCAGAAGGCUCUUGCUGCAAAAGAACUAACAGACGGAGACACGCAGUCCACAACAGUGAUUCCACAUCCUCUUCAUCCUCAUCUGAUGACGAAGAGCGUUUUGAGAGACAUAGGAAGCGCAGCCGUAACAGAAAUUUAAGAAGGUGUCUUCCACUAAACUUUCGAAAAGAUGAGUUAAAGGGAAUUCACAAGGAUCGAAUGAAAAUUGGAGCAAGUCUGGCUGAUGUUGAUCCAAUGCAAAUAGAUUGUUCAGUGCGAUUUGAUGGUGUGGGUGGUCUUUCUGACCACAUUUCAGCUUUAAAAGAGAUGGUCGUUUUUCCACUGCUUUACCCAGAAGUCUUUGAGAGAUUCAAAAUUCAACCUCCAAGAGGCUGUCUAUUCUAUGGUCCGCCAGGGACUGGAAAGACACUGGUUGCUCGUGCGCUUGCUAAUGAAUGCAGCCAAGGUGAGAGGAGAAUAGCCUUUUUUAUGCGAAAAGGUGCCGACUGCCUGAGUAAAUGGGUGGGGGAGUCUGAACGACAGCUUCGGUUAUUAUUUGAUCAGGCCUACCAGAUGCGACCUUCAAUUAUUUUCUUUGAUGAGAUAGAUGGCCUUGCUCCUGUGCGGUCCAGUAAACAAGACCAAAUUCAUAGCUCUAUUGUGUCAACUCUUCUGGCCCUUAUGGAUGGUUUAGACAGCAGAGGAGAGAUUGUGGUCAUUGGAGCCACCAACAGGCUGGAUUCUAUAGAUCCUGCUUUACGAAGACCCGGCCGCUUUGAUCGAGAGUUCCUCUUCAGCUUGCCAAAUAAAGAGGCUAGAAAAGAGAUUUUCAAGAUUCACACACGAGAUUGGACCCCAAAGCCAUUGGACAUGUUUCUUGAAGAGCUAGCUGAAAAAUGUGUUGGGUACUGUGGUGCUGAUAUUAAAUCCUUAUGUGCUGAAGCUGCCCUCUGUGCUUUGCGCCGCCGCUAUCCUCAGAUAUACAAAAGUAGCGAGAAACUGCAGUUAGAUGUUGCUUCUAUCAAAAUAACAGCAAAGGAUUUUGUCAUGGCUAUGCAGAAGACUGUUCCAGCUUCACAGAGGGCUGUGGCUUCACCUGGGCGAGCGCUAUCAUCUGUUUCAAAACCACUGCUUGAAAACACGUUAGCAAGAAUUUUACAAGCCUUGCAGAGAGUAUUUCCCCACACAGAGUUUGCACUACAGAAGGACCAACAGCCAGACAGUGUAAAUCAUGUUUUAAGAAAUUAUGCAGUUGACAGUGAUGAGGAAUCGCCAUCAAUCUUUGAAGAUAAGCCAACUCAUAAAAUGCCCAGUAGAGCAAAGGAAAAAUUCCUCAAUUUUAGCAGAAAUGCUUAUUACCAGCCAACAUCUUGCAGGCCACGGUUCUUACUAGUUGGAGAGCCAGGAUGUGGGCAAGCUUCUCAUUUGGCACCUGCAGUAAUACAUGCCCUGGAAAAGUUUCCAGUUUAUAUGCUAGACCUACCUGCUUUGUUUGUUACCACCACAUCACCGGAAGAAACAUGUGCACAGUUGAUGCGAGAAGCUCAAAGAACAGCACCGAGUAUCAUUUAUAUCCCACAUAUCCAUUUGUGGUGGGAGGCUGUUGGAGCUACACUGAAAGCUACUUUUACAACACUACUGCAGAACGUUCCAACAUUUGCUCCAGUUUUGCUGCUUGCAACAUCUGAUGUGUGUCACGCAGAUCUCCAAACAGAGAUAAAAGAAUUGUUUAUUGAUGAUUAUGAAGAAGUUUUCAAAAUCCAGUUGCCUAAUGAGGAAGAAAGAAGAAUGUUUUUUGAGGACUUAAUUGUAAAUCAAGCUGCUAAACCUCCUGCAUCAAAAAACAGUGCAGCGUGGCGGCCAUUGGAAGUGCUGCCUGUAGCACCACCACCUAAGCCUCAACAGCUGACUGAGGAAGAAAUAAAACAACUGGAGGAGCAGGAGGAGGACACAUUGCGUGAACUUAGGAUUUUCUUAAGGGAUGUGACUCACAGACUUGCCAUUGACAGACGUUUCAGAGCAUUUACAAAGCCUGUUGACCCAGAGGAGGUACCUGAUUAUGACGCAGUUAUUAAACAGCCCAUGGACCUUUCAGCAAUUCUCUCUAAGAUUGACUUGCACCAGUACCUAACUGCAGGAGACUUUUUAAGAGACAUCGAUCUAAUCUGUAGCAAUGCUUUAGAGUACAACCCAGAUAAAGAUCCUGGAGAUCGUCUCAUUAGGCACAGAGCUUGUACUUUGAGAGAUACUGCGUAUGCCAUAGUGAGGGAAGAAAUAGAUGAAGACUUUGAACAACGCUGUGAAGAAAUUCAAGAAUCUCGUAAGAAAAGAGGUUGUAGCUCUUCAAAGUAUGCUCCGUCUUACUACCGUGUAAUGCCAAAGCAGAACUCCGUUCCUGGGUGUACGAAAACAGACCCAAAGUGUAAUGAAAAAAUGAAGAUAGCAGCAGCACCUGUAGAUGCCAGUACACCCCGCUCUAACAAUGUGUCAAAAAGAAAACGCAGAAAGAACAAAGGGUCUUCAAGUAUCGCAACAAAGAGGAGGAAUUUCCAGUUCAAUAAAGAGAAUAAAGUUCCGGAAGACCAAAAUGAAGUUGAGAGUGAUGAAGAGACCCCAGAAAAAGGGUUUUCUAACAUGGAUCACGCUGAAGUUGAGUCCACACAGGAUUCUUUUAUGGAAGAAAAUGAAAAUGUACUUCAGGAACGACAGAAAAAUGGGAAUGAAAACACAUCUGGGACAGAAAAUGAGAGAGAGAGAGUUCUUCUGCCUAAAUCUGCUUCUGAGAAGAGUAUCAUGCUUCCUGAACAUUCAGACCUAAGAGAGGAGAGCAAAAUGCCAGAUCACCAAACAGCAGAAAGUUCUGAAGACGGAGAUUCAAAUGAUUCAUGGGUACACCGUAUGACUCGUGGGAGACAUUCUCAGGUAGAAGAGCAACAGGUGACGUGUGCCAAUAAAGCCAUGGAAAUUCUCACACAGCCAGUGACUGUGGAUUACUAUGAGCUCAAACAACUGUUGCAUUUUGUCACUGUGGUAACUAAGAAGUUCAAUAUAUUUCACCUGGAAAAACUAUACGCUGUUCUUAGUCAGUGCAUAUACCAACAUCGGGAAGAUUACGACAAAACUGAAUUAGUGAAGGAAAUGAAGAAAGAAAUUGCAGCCUUCAGUUAUGCUCGGUGUUGAUUUCCGCAUACUUGACUUCUCCUCUAAUGUUUUCUUUUCACUGCAUGUUGUUAUCCGCGCAUAAUUAAUUCAAUAAAGAUUACUUCUACAUAUAUAUUUCUACAUAUGCUAAACAAAUAUAUCUUUAAAUUUAUUAAGAAAGCUGAAAUAAAGUCCUUUAACUGCUUUUAUUU